AAACCGUUUUCUCGCUAUCAGUUUGUCUUUUAUCGUUGUUCGGAGUGUACGUUAGAGGUGUAAGCAAGGGUUGGCUGUAUUUGGCGUAAAUUCGGUAAAAAGACCUCAGCUGUUGUUAUCAGCUGUGCACUUUGCACUUUGGCCAGGUUGAACUGCAAGCCAGAAGUGGUAAUCUACUACCAUGUCUCUAUCCAAGCCUCUUUAUACUCUGUUCGGCGCUUACUUGGAACAACUCUUUAAUCAUCCGGUGCGGACGAAAUCCAUAACGGCCUGCGUUUUGGCCACCUCGGCGAAUGUGACUUCACAGCGAAUUGCUGGCGCAAAGCAAUUGAAUCAGCAGAGUGUUUUCGCAUACGCUUUGUUUGGUUUAAUUUUUGGUGGGUCUGUUCCCCACUAUUUUUACCAGACAGUGGAGCGUUUGUUCGAUAAUGUGCGUUUUAAGCGAUUCCUUUCGUUCUUAUCAGAACGUUUGAUUUAUGCACCUUUCUACCAGGCUUUAUCAUUAUAUUUCCUGUCUUUGUUUGAGGGCAACUCCCAUACAACUGCAGUUAAGAACAUGGAAAAACUUUAUUGGCCACUAUUAAAGACUAAUUGGCGGUACUUAUCUUUGUUUGUGUAUCUGAACAUGGCCUAUGUGCCACCCAUGCUACGAUCCAUUACUACCAGUAUUAUAUCGUUCAUUUGGGUCGUCUACAUGGCGCAAAGACGUCGUCAUUUGCAGGAAAAGCAAGCAGCCGAAAAGUCAACAUAAACAUUCCAAUAUGGUUUUUUUUUAUAUUAAUGUUGUUAGUGAUGUGCUGAAGAAUCAUGAUUAUGAAUUAGCACGAUAAA